AUGUUUCUCUCUUUCCCCUUCUUUUCUAGAUGGAGAUUAUCCCGCAAUGAAGCCAAGGAUGCCAAUUUCUCCGAGAACGAACCUAAUCCCACACCGCAACUUCUAAAACUAUUUGCCGAGGAUUAUGUUGCGACAAGAAAGAAGGUGCCCUCCCAGAAGAUAGCCUGUCAUAACUUGAUCAGUUUUACGUUAAGCGGUGGCGGCGUGAAACGUUGGGUGACGAUUGACCCUGAAUUCUUGAAAGGAUUUCGGUAUCGCGACGAUGCAACCUCCGUAGCCGAUAGUGCCUUUAAAGGCUUUGAUACCGCAGAGGAAGUUCUCGCUACGAGGCCACCUAAAGGAAGAGAGUCAUAG